UGUGUGUGUGUGCGCGAGUGAGGGAGAGUGAGUGCGGGACCUGAAGCGGUGUGUGUGUGUGUUUGUGUGUGUGUGUGAACUGUGGCCGCUGGCGGCAUCAGGGAGGGGGGGGGGAAGCGGCGGAGCCGCCCGGGAAGGCCAAGCUAUGACUACAGUAGUGGUACAUGUGGACUCCAAAGCCGAGCUCACUACGCUGCUGGAGCAGUGGGAAAAGGAACAUGGCAGUGGGCAGGAUAUGGUACCUAUCCUUACCAGGAUGUCUGAGCUGAUUGAAAAGGAAACCGAAGAAUAUCGUAAAGGGGAUCCAGAUCCAUUUGAUGAUCGACAUCCUGGUCGAGCUGAUCCUGAGUGUAUGCUGGGCCAUUUGCUGAGAAUACUCUUCAAGAAUGAUGAUUUUAUGAAUGCACUUGUGAAUGCAUACGUGAUGACAAGCAGAGAGCCCCCUUUAAAUACUGCAGCUUGCAGACUACUUCUGGACAUCAUGCCAGGUUUAGAAACUGCAGUUGUCUUUCAAGAAAAGGAAGGAAUUGUUGAAAAUCUUUUCAAAUGGGCCCGGGAGGCUGAUCAGCCAUUGAGGACAUAUUCUACUGGACUGUUAGGAGGUGCUAUGGAAAAUCAAGAUAUUGCUGCCAACUAUCGGGAUGAAAAUUCACAACUGGUGGCUAUAGUGCUUCGAAGGCUGAGGGAGCUACAGCUUCAGGAAGUGGCUUUGCGGCAAGAAAAUAAGCGUCCCAGCCCACGGAAGCUCUCUUCUGAGCCCCUUUUGCCUCUGGAUGAGGAAGCUGUGGAUAUGGACUAUGGUGAUAUGACAGUAGAUGUAGUGGAUGGAGAACAAGAGGCUUCUAGAGAUAUGGAGAUCUCCUUUCAUCUUGAUUCAGGCCACAAGACUAGUAGUAGAGUGAACUCAGCCACCAAACCCGAAGAAGGAGGAUUGAAGAAAAACAAGGCAGCAAAACAGGGUGACAGAGAGAACUUUAGAAAAGCCAAACAGAAGUUGGGUUUCUCAUCUUCUGACACAGAUCGCAUGUUUGUUGAGCUGUCUAAUAGCAGCUGGUCAGAAAUGUCCCCUUGGGUGAUUGGUACCAAUUAUACUCUUUAUCCUAUGACUCCUGCUAUUGAACAACGACUCAUUCUCCAAUAUUUGACUCCUCUAGGAGAGUAUCAGGAGUUACUUCCUAUAUUUAUGCAACUUGGAUCACGAGAGUUGAUGAUGUUUUAUAUUGAUCUAAAACAGACCAAUGAUGUCCUCCUUACAUUUGAAGCACUUAAGCACCUAGCAUCUCUCCUGCUCCAUAACAAAUUUGCCACAGAAUUUGUUGCACAUGGUGGAGUGCAGAAAUUACUGGAAAUUCCUCGUCCUUCUAUGGCUGCAACUGGUGUAUCCAUGUGCUUGUAUUAUCUGUCCUACAACCAAGAUGCUAUGGAGAGAGUUUGCAUGCAUCCCCACAAUGUUCUGUCUGAUGUGGUGAACUAUACCCUGUGGCUGAUGGAGUGCUCCCAUGCCUCGGGAUGCUGCCAUGCAACCAUGUUUUUCUCAAUUUGCUUCUCAUUCCGAGCUGUCUUGGAACUCUUUGACCGCUACGAUGGCCUUCGUCGUCUGGUGAACUUGAUUAGCACUUUGGAGAUUUUAAAUUUGGAGGAUCAAGGUGCUCUUUUGAGUGAUGAUGAAAUAUUUGCCAGCCGUCAAACUGGGAAACAUACCUGUAUGGCCCUGCGCAAGUAUUUUGAGGCCCACCUGGCUAUUAAAUUGGAACAAGUGAAGCAGUCACUUCAGAGGACUGAAGGUGGCAUUCUUGUUCACCCUCAACCUCCAUACAAGGCAUGUUCAUAUACUCAUGAGCAGAUUGUGGAAAUGAUGGAGUUUUUGAUAGAAUAUGGCCCUGCUCAGCUAUAUUGGGAACCAGCUGAAGUCUUCCUCAAACUUUCUUGUGUUCAACUCUUGUUGCAGCUUAUCUCUAUUGCCUGCAAUUGGAAAACCUAUUACGCAAGGAACGACACUGUGCGCUUUGCACUGGAUGUCCUGGCUAUUCUCACUGUGGUACCAAAAAUCCAGCUCCAGUUGGCAGAAUCAGUGGAUGUAUUGGACGAAGGUGGCUCUACUGUUUCCACUGUAGGUAUCAGCAUUAUUUUGGGAGUGGCUGAGGGUGAGUUUUUUAUCCAUGAUGCUGAAAUUCAGAAGUCAGCACUUCAAAUUAUCAUCAAUUGUGUGUGUGGUCCAGAUAACCGAAUAUCCAGUAUUGGCAAAUUUAUCUCUGGAACUCCUCGGAGAAAGCUGCCUCAGACCCCCAAGAGUAGUGAGCACACCCUGGCCAAGAUGUGGAAUGUGGUCCAGUCCAAUAAUGGCAUCAAGGUGCUUCUGUCCUUACUGUCCAUCAAGAUGCCCAUCACAGAUGCAGACCAGAUCCGGGCCCUGGCCUGCAAAGCCCUUGUGGGCCUGUCUCGCAGUAGUACUGUUCGGCAGAUCAUCAGCAAACUGCCUCUUUUCAGCAGCUGUCAAAUACAGCAGCUGAUGAAGGAGCCUGUGCUGCAGGACAAGCGUAGUGAUCAUGUCAAAUUCUGCAAAUAUGCUGCUGAGCUUAUUGAGCGGGUGUCAGGAAAGCCGCUCCUUAUUGGGACUGAUGUGUCUCUGGCACGACUGCAGAAAGCAGAUGUUGUUGCCCAGUCAAGGAUCUCCUUCCCUGAGAAAGAACUGCUUCUGUUGAUACGAAACCAUCUCAUUUCUAAAGGGCUUGGAGAGACAGCUACUGUGUUGACAAAAGAGGCUGACCUGCCCAUGACUGCUGCCUCUCAUUCUUCUGCCUUCACCCCAGUAACUGCUGCUGCUUCUCCUGUCUCCCUUCCUCGGACCCCUCGUAUUGCCAAUGGUAUUGCAACUAGACUGGGCAGCCAUGCUACUGUGGGUGCCUCUGCCCCUUCUGUCCCUACAGCCCAUCCUCAGCCACGGCCUCCCCAGGGUUCAUUAGCUUUGCCUGGCCCAUCUUAUGCAGGAAACUCCCCUUUGAUUGGUAGGAUCAGUUUUAUCAGAGAGAGGCCAUCACCCUGCAAUGGCAGGAAAAUAAGAGUGUUGCGGCAGAAGUCGGACCAUGGCGCCUACAGUCAAAGCCCAGCCAUAAAAAAGCAGCUGGAUAGACAUCUUCCUUCCCCACCUACGCUGGACAGUAUCAUCACAGAAUAUCUUAGAGAGCAGCAUGCUCGCUGCAAGAACCCAGUUGCUACCUGUCCACCUUUUUCUCUCUUUACUCCUCACCAGUGCCCUGAGCCAAAACAGAGGCGGCAAGCCCCAAUAAACUUUACCUCAAGGCUAAACCGCAGGGCAUCAUUUCCAAAAUAUGGAGGGGUGGAUGGCGGAUGCUUUGAUAGGCACCUUAUCUUUAGCAGAUUUCGUCCCAUUUCAGUGUUCCGGGAAGCCAAUGAAGACGAGAGUGGCUUCACCUGCUGUGCAUUCUCAGCUCGGGAGCGGUUCUUGAUGCUUGGCACUUGUACAGGGCAGCUGAAGCUCUACAAUGUGUUUAGUGGACAGGAAGAGGCCAGCUAUAACUGUCACAACUCAGCCAUCACUCAUCUUGAACCUUCCAGAGAUGGGUCCUUGCUGCUGACAUCUGCUACUUGGAGCCAGCCUUUGUCUGCACUUUGGGGGAUGAAAUCAGUAUUUGAUAUGAAGCAUUCCUUCACAGAAGAUCACUAUGUUGAGUUCAGUAAGCACUCCCAAGAUCGGGUUAUAGGCACAAAAGGAGACAUCGCCCAUAUUUAUGAUAUUCAGACUGGCAACAAGCUGUUGACUCUGUUUAACCCAGAUCUUGCCAACAACUACAAGAGGAACUGUGCCACCUUUAAUCCUACAGAUGAUCUUGUCUUAAAUGAUGGCGUCCUGUGGGAUGUCCGCUCUGCACAGGCGAUCCACAAGUUCGACAAGUUCAACAUGAAUAUCAGUGGUGUUUUCCAUCCAAAUGGGCUGGAGGUCAUCAUCAACACAGAGAUUUGGGACCUUCGAACUUUCCAUCUUUUACAUACUGUUCCUGCUUUGGAUCAGUGUCGUGUGGUGUUCAACCACACGGGGACAGUGAUGUAUGGAGCAAUGUUGCAAGCAGAUGAUGAAGAUGACUUAUUGGAAGAGAGGAUGAAAAGCCCUUUUGGAUCAUCCUUCCGAACAUUUAAUGCCACUGAUUACAAACCUAUAGCAACCAUUGAUGUCAAGAGGAACAUCUUUGACCUGUGUACAGACACCAAAGAUUGCUAUCUUGCUGUCAUUGAGAAUCAAGGCAGUAUGGACGCUCUGAACAUGGAUACAGUGUGCCGGCUAUAUGAAGUAGGCAGGCAGCGCCUUGCAGAGGAUGAGGAUGAAGAGGAAGACCAGGAAGAGGAAGAACAGGAGGAAGAGGAUGAUGAUGAAGAUGAUGAUGACACUGAUGAUUUAGAUGAACUUGACACUGACCAGUUGCUGGAGGCGGAAUUGGAGGAGGAUGACAACAAUGAGAACGCAGGAGAGGAUGGGGACAAUGACUUCUCUCCCUCUGAUGAGGAGCUAGCAAAUCUUCUAGAGGAGGGAGAGGAUGGGGAGGAUGAAGACUCUGAUGCAGAUGAGGAAGUGGAACUGAUCCUGGGGGACAGUUGAGGUGAUUCAGUGGAUUAGUUCCAGGCCAUGGUCAGACAGCGGAUAGCUCAGACAACUCUGACUUGGAAGACGACAUCAUCUUAUCUCUAAAUGAGUGAUAUGCCAUCCCCCGUUGGAAGAGAAUCUUGGCAGGCUACAAACUGAGUGACUUCAGAACACCUGCCCUCCACUGUCUCCCAGGGCCGUCGCUGUCUGUCGAGGAACCGUAUGACCUGCAUUCAGAGCACUACCUUUAGAUUCUGCCUGGAAUCUGAGGGCUUCUAAAAUACCACAAAAAUGACAACAGGGAUUAGGUCCUAGUUUUGCUUCUCCCCUUCUCCUAGGAUGGACAUAUCUUUCCUCAAGGGAAAACAAACAAACAAACAAACAAACAAACAUGUCUCUGGGGUUAUUUCACAAUAUAUUUUCUUUGUAUAAUGUUCUUUACUUAAAGAACAAGAAAUAGUUUUUUAUAAAACUCUAAAAAAAAGAAAAAAAAACAACAGGCAUUUCUAGCUGAGGGUAUGAACUUAUAUCACCAGUCUCCUAUCCCUGCACUUCAUUUUCUUUGGGAGAAAAUGAUGUCUAAAGAACAACGUAGAGGCAUUUUUACAUACGUAUUUAAAUGAAGAGGAAAAUCGUGAUUUCUUAAAUUGAUAAGGAUUAAGAAUAUUUUAUUAUAAAUAUAAUAUAUGAUUUUUUAACCUGUUUUGUUGCCUCAUAUGCUGUCAGGUUAAUUUGUUUUUCUUUGUGCCAGUGGGGGUGGGGUGGGGAAAAGGUGCUGCUUGUUGCAGGGUAAAUGCCUGAACCCCCCAACUUCAUGGUGGGGGCAGCAGUCACGUGGAUACUGGUUUUGUGGAGCUGAGAGAACUUAGGAUAUAAGUUCACUCCCUCUAUUUUUGUGAUUCAGUUUUUCAAAAUCUUUUUCCUUCCCUUUCUCCCCAAUGUGGAAAUUACAAAUCAAAGGCCUUUUUCUUUAAUGUAAAGUGUAUUUAUUUAAAAAAAUACAAAAUAAACUACAAGUCUGUGUUUGUU